CUGGUUGGCCGCGAGCCGAGCCGUCGGGUCCGAGUCCGACCGGUGCGUGCGUCUCUACUCUGUAACGAAACUACGAAAGAAAGAAGCGCUUCUCCUCCGGUGCGGUGCUCUCCUCCCUCCGCCACCCCUCCUCUGCACGCCAACCCAAGCCGCGACAUGAUGGUGGCGCUUUUAAAUUACCUGUGCUAGUUUUUUUUUGCGACAUUUCCAAAAUGGUGAAGCUGACAAUGAUAGCGCGUGUCACUGAUGGCCUUCCACUGUCGGAGGGGUUAGAUGAUGGUCGGGAUCUGAAGGAUGCUGACUUCUACAAGCAGCAAGCAAAACUGUUGUUCAAGAACUUGUCAAAAGGGCAGCAUGAAGCAUCAAGGAUGUCAAUCGAGACUGGACCAUACCUUUUCCACUACAUAAUUGAGGGCCGUGUGUGCUAUUUGACAAUGUGUGACCGUUCUUAUCCAAAGAAACUUGCAUUCCAGUAUCUCGAAGAUCUCAAAAAUGAAUUCGAGAGGGUCAAUGGCAGCCAAAUCGAAACUGCUGCAAGGCCGUAUGCAUUUAUUAAAUUUGACACAUUCAUACAGAAGACCAAGAAACUGUAUUUGGAUACCAGAACCCAAAGGAACCUUGCCAAGUUGAAUGAUGAGCUCUACGAGGUGCACCAGAUUAUGACUCGCAAUGUUCAAGAAGUUCUUGGUGUCGGUGAAAAGCUAGAUCAGGUGAGCGAAAUGUCCAAUAGGUUGACCUCUGAUACUAGAAUUUAUGCAGAGAAGGCGAAAGAUCUCAAUCGCCAGGCCUUAAUUCGAAAGUAUGCCCCUGUUGCUAUUGUGAUUGGGAUAGUACUGAUGCUCUUUUGGGUCAAGAACAAGAUAUGGUGACUGAGUGAAUCUCGGAAUUCUUCUGUUACAAUGCUGGAACUUCCUGAGUUCACUCUGUGCACCGUAUGUCUAUUCUGCCCCAAUCAGAUGCUUUGAUGGCUUAUCCCGCAUCUGCUGAUUCAAGCGAGUACUUUAGCUGCCUAUUCCUCCCAACAAGGGUACCAAAAGUAAACCCAUUGUAGUAUACACACUAGUUAUGGACCUGAUCCUGAUGGAUGAAGUCCUUGAAUUCUUGGAACGGCAAGUACCUACUAAUACCUGUGUAGAGUUGGUCAUUGGAUCUCCAAAGUAGUUUUUUUUUCCGAGCCCGCCAUGGAAAGGUUAAGGUUUCAGGCUGCUGAUAGACAAGUAUUUGUCUGUAUGCAAAACUGUAUGCCAUGUUUUGCAACGUUUCGGACGCAAUGAAAUAUGUUCAACAUGCUGCUGGAGAUAGGUCAUGUCCAUUUACUUAUCCGCAGUUUGUUUCUAUGAACA